AGUGCUUGUUUAUCGUGUGGUGAAUGAAUAACACGAUUCAUUUCACUUCAUCGUUUCCAAUCGUGAAAAUUGAUGUACGAUAUUCAGUGCAAGUGUGUGUGUGUGUGUGUGUUCGCGCAUUCUCGAUUUUCAAAGUGUUUUAACCGAUUUUCCAAAUCAAGUGGAAAACCGCUCUGUGUUUGAAAUCCCGUUCAAAUGCAUCAACUAUGUCCCGUAUGGCAACACACAGCUGAAAAAGCACGCCAUAAACUAGGCAAAUGAUAAGUUUGUUACGAUAGAAUCGACGCGAAUGGAAUUUUAAGCGGAACGACGAAGAAGAAGAAGAAGAGAACAGAGGGAGAGGAGAAAGAGUGAGAUUGCAUUAUUUUCCUUUCCAUAAAUCACUCGGCUCCGGUGAAUUUAUCAUUUUGAGUGUUUGUUUCGAAGUGAAUCUGAAAAAAAAAUUGAACAAAAUAGAAAUAAUACCUUUAAAGCACACGCCGAUUGAUCCUAAUCGCCGAUAGAUCGGUGUGUAAUUGAUGACAACUUAACAAUGGUGUUAAUUAGACACACAAAUGCGACGCAACAUGUCGUUUCGAAUUAAAUCAGUGCUGAAAAAACAAUUCCGGAAUUUUGUAACGUAUUUCAAAAAGAAAUUGUGAUCAAAGAGAACGAAAAAAAAAACAACAACAACAACACAAAAACAAUUUGUUCUGUUCAAAUUGGCAUUUGUUUUGGGGAGUGACAUGAAAUGCAUGCCAUCGAUCUUCAUCGGAAUUGAUUAAAAACGGACACCUUGCGCAACAAACAACAGCAAAACUAUCGGAAAACCAAUGAAUUGAGUGAGAUGUUAAAUACUUUCCACUGCAAAAGAUGUUCGCUAUUGUCAGAAAGCAGCCAUUCGCAUUUAUCUUUCUGCUGUCAUGUUUCCAUAACACUUACAUUGAAGCGAAAAAGAAUUACACGCUAAGGCCCCGCGUAGUUUUACCGGAUAGUUAUGUCAAGGAAGUGCGUCCGCCAUCGAAAAAGGGGUUGCCCGUUGUCGUUAAGUUUAGCGUAUAUGUUGUAGAUAUCAAUUCGAUUAACGUAGAGGAUAUGGACUUUCGCGUAGAUAUGUUUGUGCAUCAAACAUGGAAAGAGCCUAGACUAAAACUUCCGAAUGAUAUAUUUGAAGAAGGUGACGAUUAUGUGACGCUUCCGCCCGAAUUCUUCGAGAAUUUAUGGCAACCCGAAUUGCAAAUUCAAAAUUCAAAAGUCGCAGAAAUUGCGACGUUGACGCACAAAUUUUCAUCCGUUACAUUAUACAAAAAUAAAACGGUACGUUAUGCUGCCCGCAUGCAUGCGAUAAUUGCGUGUCAAAUGGAAUUUCAGUUAUAUCCGAUGGAUAUACAAAUCUGCCCCAUCUAUAUCGAGAGCUUUUCAUACCCAACGCAAAAAGUACACUUGCAAUGGGAUGGUGGUGAUGGUGGUGUCGUGUUGAAUCCAGAAUUGAAAUUGCUACAGUACAAUCUGGGCCAGCCGCUAGAAGUAGCUGAAAGCAUUGAAUAUAUGCCCCAAAAGCACGGAAAUUUUUCGCGUCUCACCGUAAACUUUCGCUUCGAACGACAAAUCGGUCAUCAUUUAAUUCAGACAUUUGCACCGUCGACGCUGGUCGUAAUGCUGUCGUGGUUUUCAUUUUGGUUAGGUUUGGAUGCGAUCCCGGGCCGUGUGACACUGUUAGUAACAUGCAUGUUGACACUGGUCACCAUGUUCACGGGUCUUCGUGCCGAUAUACCGCCAGUGGCAUAUGUUAAAGCGUUAGAUUUGUGGAUGGCUGGCUGCAUGAUCUUUGUGUUUGCAGCAUUGGGUGAAUUCGUAGUGGUUAAGGUCCUCGACGUUCAAUAUCAAUACCAAAUAAAUCGUGUUCCAAAAGUGUUGCCAAUGAGAAUUAGUGCAAUGGAGAAAGGUCAAUGUCCCACACUAGCGACUUGGGACGGUGGAAAUGUUCGGUCGCGAAAAGCAACACCAACCACGGCUACAACACCGGGACAGACAUCGUUGCAAGGCAAUGGUGGAUUGCCGGCAAAAACAACACGACGACAAAGUUUGCUUUCAGUAGCAUGGACUGACAUAGACACGGGUGUCGAAAAAAUAAUGUGGCGUGAAAUCGAUAAAGUUUCAAGGGUUGUUUUUCCCGGUUUAUUUUUAGUAUUUGUGGUACUGUAUUGGCCAAUACUGUUAAUGAAAUCAAACUACGAUAAAAGUUUUUUCUAAAAUACACACACACGCCCACACCACACCCACACACACAUAUUCGAUUCUAAUUCCGAAUUGGUUGAUUUCAAAUCGGCAGCUUUCAUGCCAUGAGCUACCCUUUUGAACUUGAUCGAUGCCAUGCCUGGUUUUCGUUUUUUCUUCUCUCACUCUCUCUCUCUCUCGUUUCUAUUUUGUUUCAGUUUCCAUUCAAUAUUCUGUAUUUGUAUUUCGGUUGUAAUUGUAUUAACAUUUCAAAUCGAAGCGCCUCAUGCUUAAAUUAUUACAUAUAUCCUAGAGUUUAGGUUUAGUUUACUUUAGAUGAAUAAGUGAAGUGAUAUUUGACAACAACAACAAAAUAGGAAAAAAUAAUGAACAAAAACUUAAAAAAAACGCCUAUUUUUCGAGCAGAUUUUCGUCUUAUAGUUCAUAUAUAUAUAUAUAUAUAGUUGUAAUUUAGUCGAAUGCCAGCCCAGCCAAUUAGAUGCAUACAGCGAAAUCACUGCGUGCGCGCGCACUCUCUCAAUGACAAUUUUCCGUGCUUGAAAUCAAAUCAAUCAGUCAAUGCCCAACACAAGAACCAGCAAAAUGAAAUAAGAAUGGGAAUUAAAUGAGAAUCUUCCUUCUUAGGACAGGGAAUCGAAGAGAAAAAAAUCAGAUUUGAACCGAGUUCACUCCUAAAACGUAGACAUUCAAAUGCAAAAUUCUGUGGAUGUUUUGAAAAAAUGUUUGUUCCUUUUGAGAAACAAUAUAAAUGAAUCAAAGAAGUAUGAAUCUGUGAAAUGGAUUAAAAAAGCAGUUCGUGUUUUGAAAAACAAUUGAAAAAAAAAAUAAAAAAUUGCGUCUCAUGAGGGUAAAUAUAUCGAAACAAAAGCAAAAGGGUAUUUCAAUUUGCAAUUGAAAGAAUCAAAUCGAAAACAUUUGCUCGAGCAAAUUAUACGGAGAACAAAGAGCUCAAGAGAAUUAUGAAACACUCUACGGACUAAUCCUGUACUAUAAGAUAAGCAAUUCGAAUGCUUAAAUAAAUACGUCACUUGAUUUUUGUUUUGUAAUCAAUGCAUUGCUUAAAGAAAACCAUGGCUUUAACCGUUGCAAUCAUCAGGAGAUUUUUCAAUAACAACAACGAUCUAAAACCCAUUUUUAUUCUACUAUGGCACGAUCGCGAUCGAAGACGUAGCAAAAAAAAGAGUGAUUUUCAUACUUGAUUUUGUAUAGAAGAGUUUGAAAUUAGGAAGAAUGAAUUGAAGAAAAGAAGAAAAGAAGAAGAAAAAAAUCUGUCAUAAGUGAAAGCCACUAUGGCAUCCUUGGUCAGUUCAAGAGAUGAAGAAACAAUAAAAUAAAUAAUUAAAAAUUAACCAGUUUAAAUGAUAAAACCAAAUAAUGUUAGCUCAAUAUGAAUAGUUGCUCUAUUCAAUCAUUCAUUUGCUCUCGAAAUGCUCACCUGAAUAGUUGUCAAUCAAAAUUACGAUAAUAAACCAAACAAACAACGUGUUACUUCUAAGCAACUACUGAAUUAGACUAUUGUGUUUGUGCCGACACAAACGAACGCUUUUGCGAUUUAGAUUAAUUUCCAGCAACCUCAUCAUAGAUUCAAAUCUAACGUUCACUGAGCAUUUUUAAGUAGCCGCUCGGUUUCACUUGUACAUUUUAAAUCAACGCGGCUAGACAGAAGAAAAACUAAACAAAAAUCACACAUUCAUUUCGCUAAACCGUCGUUUCACUACUUUUUUUGUUUGUUUUGUUUUCAAUUGUGUCGCUUUUUGUAAACGCUCAUCAAAUUGCACAAGUUCACCUUCAAGGUUUACGAUAAGUAUUAUUUGCGAAUUUUUGAACGCUUUUUUUCAAUCAAUGAUGUUAACUAACGAAUUUAUUGGUUUCUUGACUAUUUUUAUACAAAACAAAUGAACAUACAACGCUUAAUUUCUUUAGUGAUUUUUAAAUACUUUGAUGGCUACAAAUGUUGAUUCGAAUUUGGGCGUUCAAACAGUUUUCAGGCAAAAUCGAUCGAUAUGUGUUGCAAUUCAUCGACUUGUAAAGGAUAUGCGAAAAAGUGAAAGCUCACCCACAAAUGAAUCGGAUUUUUUUUUCUCAAGAAGAUAGAAAUCGACAGUUCUAUUUCAAAAAAGAGUGAUUUAAUGAGAAAAACCCAAUGAAAAUGGCAGAAAAACAAUUAGUUUUCAGUGGAAUUGUUAACAAAAAUAAUGAAAAUUCAUAAUUUGUGAAUAAAAUCAGAUUUUCCUAGCCCCUUCUUCGAUAUAAUUGGAAUGGUAUGAAGAAGAAUGCUAAAAAGAAUGAAAACUGAGAACUCUUUUGAAAGAUACCUCUUGAACAGUGUCGACGCACGGAGCUUGCACUCAGUGUUAUUUGUAAACAGUUUCAAACUGUUAACAGUGACAUUUAUCAGUGUAUCAAUUGAUACACACAAAUUGUGUCACCAGCAAUACACAUUUGCUAAUGUGCAAAUCCUCAGCCUUGCCAGUGGCGUGAAUUUUUUUUUUAUUUAUUUUCUAAUAUAUGAGCUAAAAAUUUCCGAAUUUCUGUUUCAAUUACCUUGAAUCGAAUAUGAUUCACACAUUGAGCUGCAUGAAAUGCCGAAGAAUAAGCCACAAUUCGAAUUCUGAAUAAAUUGUUCAAAUAUUGUAAUCACUAUUGUUGCUCGCACAAGCUGGAAUGUACAAUUUGGUGUAGCCAAAGCAAAAUACCCAUUUUUUGCUCUCUUUCGGAUAAUGAAAUAGGUAUAGUUAUGUAAAGAAUGUUGUUAUUUUCUAUUCAAAGCGAAUGUGACAUCGUUCGACCGUUUUGUUUUAAAUGUUUGGUAUUUGGAGUAGAAGAAGACCGUGCAAAGUGAAAAAAGUGCAGCCGAGGUGAUGAAAAUGGGUGUUUUAGCGAUGAAACGAAAUACGUCAAGAGCUAUAUUUUGUACAAACUGAAUUGAAAAUACGGAAGAAAAAGGCAGAAGAAGAAGAAAAAUUACACGUACAAACUGUUAUUAUAUGGAUUUCCUGCUUUCGUAAAUUCCUUAUCUUGCCCUUCAUCUACUUUCUUUUCAAAGCUAUUCAACAACAACAACAAACGAAUAAAAGAAAAACUACAACAACCCUUUAUCAAGAUAGAAUAUUACUAGGCAGAAAAUAGCUUUAAUAUACAUUUAUAAAAAUCAACAAAUAAAUAAACAUGUUAUAAUGAUUCAGUUUAAAAAAAAA